UUUCAACUUAAAAAAUAUUUUCUUUCAAAUCUCAUAAAGUAUUUUUAAAUCCCAAUUUCGUUAGACAAAAUCCACAGACAGAGAAACAUAGGAGAAAGAGAAGGCAAAUAGCAAUGGUGAAAGAUCUGAGCAACGAUCAAAUAUCCUCCAUGAAGGAGGCAUUCACUCUCUUUGACACCGACGGCGACGGCAAAAUUGCUCCAUCGGAGCUAGGGAUCCUAAUGAGAUCACUCGGUGGUAACCCGACACAAGCCCAACUCAAAUCAAUAAUCGCCGAGGAAAAACUCACCUCGCCGUUCGAUUUCAACCGAUUUUUAGACCUCAUGUCAAAACACCUCAAACCGGAGCCAUUUGAUCGCCAAUUGCGCGACGCGUUCAAGGUCCUUGAUAAAGACGACACUGGUUUCGUCGUCGUUUCGGAUCUAAAGCAUAUUUUAACGAGUAUUGGUGAGAAGCUUGAGCCUGCGGAAUUUGAUGAGUGGAUCCGAGAAGUUGUUGUUGGAUCCGAUGGGAAGAUCCGGUAUGAGGAUUUCAUUGCUAGGAUGGUUGCCAAGUGAUAUUUGCAUGUGAUUUGCAUCUUUGGCUAUAUUAUUCAUAGCAUGAAAGAAGAUCUGACCUUUUCCCUCGGUAGCUUAGCCUUUUUAUUUGCAUGUUUCAUUGUACCCCAUUAGCCAUUUUCCUAAUUGUUGAUUUUACUGUUUUCUUCCCUUGCACUGUCAUUGAACAAUUCUUGGUUCAAGUCUUUGGUUUGUAUCCUGUAUUUUGGUUUCAUCAUUCUGAAACAUCGUGUAGAACAUAGGGGUACUUAAGGAAUACAUUUGCGUCUUGGGUUAAAACCUCUUCGUUGUUACUCGUAAACUUUGGAUAUGACUUUAGGCACAUAAUAUUUCACUAUUUCAGCAUACUUAUGCUAUAACCAACCCUUUUUCCCCUUAGACCAUGUAGCUCUUGUCCAGGUAGUCCUUUUCGUAUCCACCAUCUUGGGUUAAGUGAUAUUAGUUCUUAUACAACUUGUUCUACCGACGACUUCUGCCAGACACUUAUAUUUUCUCCUUUCCAGUUUCCAUGACCUUGAGGCGUCGUGUAGUUCUUGAACCACCUGUUCUUAUUUGACCCAAGUAAGGUUACAUUCCAAAACUAAGUUGAAUCAAAUGGAGUAGCCCAUUUAGGCUAUAAGUUUUAAUUUAGGUAUCUUUCAGUAUGAGCUAUGCUGUAUAGCAGCUUUGGAUUGCAUUGCUGCUAGACUCUCUUCCUGAUCCAUACACCAUUUCAAAGAUAAUCUGUUGGACUUUCCUUGCUUUAAGCGAGAAGCGAAGCGAGGCGACCCAUCGAGCGCUUCUGCUAUCUGAAGCGUAGCAGGUAUUCAAAAGCGCUCUCUUCCCAUUAAAAAGCGAGAAGAACGAUGCGAAGCGAUGCGUAAGAAGCGUGCGCUUCUCUGUUUUAAAGGGCUGCCAGCCUAUUUAAUUAAAAAAGAUGUUCUUUUUUUAAAACAUCUCGACCAGCAACAACAGAGAAAGAAAGAGGCGACCAGGGUUCAAGUUUUCUACACUUUUCAACUUCAAGAUCAUCAAGUUUGGUCUAGUGAGUCUACCACAGCGAGGAGACAGAGAUAUGGGAUGGAUUAGCUUUUUGGGAAAUUGACUGACCAGUUCAAGUCUUCUUUAUGUAUUGGAAGAGUUGUCAGGUCCAUUUUUUCUUAAUUAUUUGUUCUAGUGAUACUUAUGCUGACAUUUUCUGGAUACGGACGGUAUAGUGAUACUUUGAUUAGAAGAAAAUGGCUGAGCAAAGAUUCUUGUAUUUAAUUUUUGGAUUUCUUACAUGUGAAAAUUAAGAUCUCUUGAGAUUUGACACAAAAUUAAACAUAAAAUUGUAACAAUUUUGGUUAAACAAAUUUCCGACGCGUCAUUGCCUUCA